AUGUGGUGCAGUGAUGGCAAUGGUGGCAAUGGCAGCAGUGGUGGAGGUGGCAGCAGUGGUGGCAGGGUUGGUUAUGGCCCAGUGGUGGCAGUGGUGGCAAUGGUGGCAGUGGUAGUGUCGCAGGAGUGGCAGGAGUGGUGGCAGUGGUGGCCAUGGUGGUAUGAUGCAGUGGUAGGUAAUGUGGCAAUGGCAGCAGUGGUGGCAUUGGAGGCAGUGGUGGAAGUGGCAGCAGGGGUAGCAGUGGCAGCAGUGGUGGUAAUGAUGGCAAUGGUGGCAGUGAUGGCCAAGUGGCAGUGGUGGUACAUACAGACCUUUAAUGCCAGCACUGCGGAGGCAGAGGCGGUUGGAUCUCUUUGUCCCGAGGAAAACUAUUCUUGCUUACAAGUGUCUGCUACUGAGAUGCUCUGCACAGAGGCUGCCUCUCCUCACCCUUCCUCUGAGGAUCUACCUCUUCAAGGCAGCCCUGAUCCUUCUACCAAUCCCAAACUAAAGCUGUCUAGUUCUGAGGCUGAUGAGGGCCCUGAGAAGAAGGAAGUGAACAAGGGCCUCGCCAAGAAGCAGAAGAUUCGGACUGUGUUCUCUCAGGCCCAGCUGUGUGCACUCAGGGACAGGUUUCAGAAGCAGAGGUACCUCAGCCUCCAGCAGAUGCAAGAACUCUCUUCCAUUCUGAACCUUAGCUAUAAGCAGGUUAAGACCUGGUUCCAAAACCAAAGGAUGAAGUGCAAGCGAUGGCAGAAAAACCAGUGGAUGAAGACUAGCAAUGGUCUAACUCAGAAGGGCUCAGCACCGGUGGAGUAUCCCAGCAUCCAUUGCAGCUAUCCCCAGGGCUAUCUAGUGAACACAUCUGGAAGCCUUCCAAUGUGGGGUAGCCAGACUUGGACCAACCCAACUUGGAGCAGCCAGACCUGGACCAACCCAACUUGGAACAACCAGACCUGGACCAACCCAACUUGGAACAACCAGACCUGGACCACUCAGUCCUGGUGUACUCAAGCCUGGAACAGCCAGACUUGGAAUGCUGCUCCACUCCAUAACUUCGGGGAGGACUCUCUGCAGUCUUACCUGCAAUUGCAGCAAAACUUCUCUGCCAGUGAUUUGGAGGCGAAUUUGGAAGCCACCAGGGAAAGCCAUGCGCAUUUUAGCACCCCACAAGCCUUGGAAUUAUUCCUGAACUACUCUGUGAAUCUACCAGGUGAAAUAUGA